AUGACCGAGGUGCUGUGGCCGGCGGUCCCCAAUGGGACGGACGCUGCCUUCCUGGCCGGCCCGGGCUCGCCCUGGGGGAACAGCACAGUGGCCUCCACCGCCGCCGUCGCCGCCUCUCCGUUCAAAUGCGCGCUGACCAAGACAGGCUUCCAGUUCUACUACCUGCCAGCUGUCUACAUCUUGGUGUUCAUUGUCGGCUUCCUGGGCAACAGCGUGGCCAUCUGGAUGUUCGUCUUCCACAUGAAGCCGUGGAGCGGCAUCUCCGUGUACAUGUUCAACUUGGCCUUGGCGGACUUCUUGUACGUGCUGACUCUGCCGGCGCUCAUCUUCUACUACUUCAAUAAGACCGACUGGAUCUUCGGGGAUGCCAUGUGCAAGCUGCAGAGGUUCAUCUUCCAUGUGAAUCUCUAUGGUAGCAUCUUGUUCCUGACCUGCAUCAGCGCGCACCGGUACAGCGGUGUGGUGUACCCGCUCAAGUCCCUGGGCAGGCUGAAGAAGAAGAAUGCAGUCUAUAUCAGCGUGCUGGUGUGGCUCAUCGUGGUGGUGGGGAUCUCCCCCAUUCUCUUCUAUUCCGGCACCGGGAUCCGGAAAAACAAAACCAUCACCUGCUAUGACACCACCUCAGACGAGUACCUGCGAAGUUAUUUCAUCUACAGCAUGUGCACGACCGUGGCCAUGUUCUGUGUCCCUUUGGUGCUGAUUUUGGGCUGUUACGGAUUAAUUGUGAGAGCUUUGAUUUACAAAGACCUGGACAAUUCGCCUCUGAGGAGGAAAUCCAUUUACCUGGUGAUUAUUGUACUGACUGUUUUUGCUGUGUCUUACAUCCCUUUCCAUGUGAUGAAAACAAUGAAUUUGAGGGCCCGGCUGGAUUUUCAGACCCCAGAAAUGUGUGCUUUCAAUGACAGGGUUUAUGCCACUUAUCAGGUGACAAGAGGUCUAGCAAGUCUCAACAGUUGUGUGGACCCCAUUCUCUAUUUCUUGGCAGGAGAUACUUUCAGAAGGAGACUCUCCCGAGCCACCAGGAAAGCUUCCAGAAGAAGUGAGGCAAAUUUGCAGUCCAAGAGUGAAGACAUGACUCUCAAUAUUUUAUCCGAGUUCAAGCAGAAUGGAGAUACAAGCUUGUGAAGACGCAAGAAUCCCCAAACACCCACUUUUGUAACAUGGUAGGAUGCUUAAUAGAGCCAAGUGCUUUCUUCCCCUUUAAGUUUCUAGUAAGAUUAAAUUCAAACGAAGAAAGCAGUGAAUUAAAAAAAAAAAAAAAGAAGUGGAAAUGCCUACACCCACACUUAGUUUGUUUGGGUUUGCUUUCAAGGACUUCCUUCUUUCUCACCAG